AUGCCCAGCACAGAGGACACCAUCUUCAUAGUCGUAGUCACUGGAGAAUCCGUCACAGGACUGCUGGGGAAUGGAUACAUUGCACUCGUUAGCUGGAGACACUGUAGUAAGAAGAAAAAGAUCUCCUCGAUUAACUGCAUCCUUCUAAGUUUAGCUGUCUCCAGAAUCUGCUUGGUCUUUUUUAUAGCAACAGAUAGUAUCCUCAGGGUCCUCCUCCCAGACUUUUAUGAAAAUGAUCAACUACAGGUAGUCUUCAGUACCUUCUGGACACUCAUCAACUACUUAAGUAUAUGGGUUGCCACCUGCCUCAAUUUCUUCUAUUUACUCAAGAUAGCCAAUUUCUCCCACCCGCUGUUUCUCUGGCUGAAGUGGAGGAUCGACAGGGCCAUUCUCUGGAUCUUACUGGGGUGUUUGGCCAUUUCUUCUCUGAUCAGCCUUAUUUUAGCAGUGAUUCCAAAGGAUGAUACAUUUCACAUGAUUGUAACACAGAGAAGAAACAUCACUGAACUAUCCCAUGUGAGUAAAAGGCAGUACUUCAACUCCAUGACUCUCUUUAACCUGUUCAUAAUUGUCCCAUUUUCUGUGUCAUUGAUGUCAUUUUGCCUUUUAAUCAUGUCCCUGUGGAGACACACCAAGCAAAUGAAACUCAGUGGCACUGAUUACAGAGACCCCAGCACAGCCGCCCACAUAGGAGCCAUGAAAAACAUCGCUUUCUCUCUUGUCCUUCUUUUUGUUUACUGUGGGGCUUGUCUUUUGGUGACUUUUAGCUACCUUCUGAAAGAGAAAAUGUUAGGUGUGAUGUUUGGAGAAGCAACAUCAAUUCUCUACCCCUUAGGCCACUCCCUGAUUUUAAUUAUUGGAAAUAACAAGCUGAAACAGUCCUUGGCCAGGAGGCUGAAAUGUAUAAAAAUAGCAUGCAUGAUGUAA